CCGCAGCUUCCUGUGAUGGUUUUUGCAGGUAUGACUACACAACUCUUGUUUGUUCUGAUAUCUGAGUCUGCCUAAAUCUGAUAUCCCAAAAAUUGCGGCUCUGUCAUCAUAUCGAUUGUGCUCCGUAGUGGGCUUUUCUAGCCAUGACAGUGAGUACAAUUUGUUUCGCCACCCACCUCGAGCAAGGUAGACACGACGUUUGAUUGCCUGCUCAUAUGAGGGCCAUCUGGGUGUUGAGACGCCUCAUCGCCGUCUUGGGAGUACAUAUGUAUAGGAGGCAUCAUAGUAGUUCCACACAUAGAUACGGACAAGAUUUGGCCCCCUCGACCUAUCAUUCCCCGGCAUUGCGACCCCGCACCCCUCGCUUACCUUUCCUUGGCUUCAGUAGAUGCCUGGAUCACCAGCAGACCGUCUUCUAUGGCAUUACUCUAUCAUCCGACGUGUCUCAUAUUUGAGAUGGCCCAAAACGUGCUGGGCGUCCAUCCGCCAUCUUGCUUCUCUGAUGAUGCUUGAGCAUCGCGAUCAAUAGAUCAAUUUGCCACCGGUAUCGAGGGUAAGAAGACCUUACAAUGGCGACCGGUAUCGAGAUCUUCGGCAUCGCUUGCAAUGCCAUGCAAACCAUACAGUUCGCGUUCAAUACAGUGUCGCUAUGCAAAACAAUACACGAAGGUGGCUCUGUAUCACCAGAGAUAAAAGUUUGCGGCACAGAACUGACACAGGCUACUCAAAGCCUGCAAAAAUCUCUAAGCCAAGCUCAGCAAAGAAAAUUUCAUGGAGACGACAAGGAGAUAGAAAGGGUGGCCCUGUCAGUUCUGGAAACGACUACCGACUUGCGAAAAGAGUUGGCAAAGUAUGAAAAGAUUCCGGGUGGGUCUCGCAGUAGUUCAAUGACAAAAACCGUCAAAUUCAUGUUCCGGAAGUCGAAACUCGAGAAACUCAACGAGCAGCUGCAAUCCCAGCGCAAUAUCAUGGAAACUCGAGUUCUGUUCAGACUGAGUAAGAGAACGGAUCUCAUUCAAGAUGUAUUAGACAACCGACUUGAUGCGAUAGACACCCAGCUGCAUGUGUUCCUAAAUCGUCUGAAAGAUGGCCAUAGAAAACUGGAAGAGGUCGUACGGAAUAACAACCUUGAAGUGCAGGAAGUUGUGCGCAAAGAGGCGACGGAAACGAGAAUUCACACCCAAGAUAUUGCAGCUCUUGAAUCCAAUUUGACAAAAACACAUGUAAGCGCAGAACUGAAGAGUUAUGAGCUACUUAACGCCACACGGAACCAGAAGGACCGGUUGCUUCGUAGUAUCAGAUUUGAGAGUAUGCACACGAGGGAGAACGCUUCCGCAAUUAAUCAAUCCCAUGAGGGAACUUUCCAAUGGAUAUUCAAGGACGUAACAGAAUCUCAUGAAAACCCUGGAGAUAACCUCUCGUUCUCCGAAGGUACCAAUGGCGAAUUUGAUGACUUGUUCCUAGGGAAACCCCACGAACAGCUGUGGGACAGUUUCACGGAAUGGCUUCAAUCGUCCGACAGUUUCUAUUGGAUAUCUGGAAAGCCUGGCUCCGGAAAAAGCAGUUUGAUCCGAUUUUUGACAUCUGAACCCCAAACAGAAAUCUUACUACGACGUCGGGAGGGUGCGGAAAAGACAAAAGUCCUCCGCGCAUUCAUCUGGGCAGCCGGUGGAGCUCUUCAAAGAAGCCAAAAGGGAGUGUUAGCGACGCUUCUUUAUCAAUUAUUGUCGGACGAGGAGUCUGAGGCCCGUCAAACAAAUAUCAUGGACACGCUAUCCAAAAAAUAUAGCGGGAAAUCUGACAUCGAAGAUUGGUCCCUCAAAGAGCUCAAGGACACCCUGGAAUACUUGUUGGCCCAGUCAUCCCCACCCACUUGUAUCUUCAUCGACGGUUUGGACGAAAUCGAUUCUGGCGACUUCGGUGGUCUGCGAGGAUUACUCAAGCUUGUCACUUCUCUAGGUCGCUUUCAUAAUGUCAAGCUAUGCCUUGGGAGCCGCCCAGAACCUAUUCUCGCUUUGGAGCUUUCCAAAUACCCUCAGUUGAGACUUCAAGAUCUAACAAGAAGAGAUAUGCUGAAAUACGUAACGGAAAGUUUGAGCGAAGUUCGUGAGCGCUAUAUCACAGACGAGGAAUACAAUCGCCUGGUCAAAACAAUCAUUUCAAGAGCAGAAGGGGUAUUCUUGUGGGUCAGCUUGGUGACCAGAAGAAUAUCAGAUGGACUGAUAUCUGAUGACUGGGCAACUUUGGUUGAACGCGUGGAGCAAUUACCUAGUGACCUUUCGGACCUCUACAAAGCAAUGUGGUAUCGAAUCAACGAAGACGACCGGCCGCUAUAUCAAUCAGAUGCCGCCACAUUCUUCCUCAUGAUAUUAGAGGAUGGGCAUCAAAGUUAUUUUUCGGGUCCGACAGUUGCUCAGAUGAUGUUAGUGGCAAGGCCCGAACUCAGACGCAAACUCCUUGCUGGCGGAAGCCAGAUGGGUCAGGACCAGAUUGCUGCAGAAUGGCAGAUGCUGAAGCGGCAGGUUCAGAUACGUUGUGCCGGACUUCUCGAAUUCCCAAGCACGAUACACGAUGAGUUUGGUGUAUAUCCCAUAAGGUUCAUUCAUCGGAGCGCCUUAGAUUUCAUCAAGGAUACCGUAGAAGGACAGCAAAUACUUCUUCACGGCAGAUACUCACAAAAACAACUUCGAAUGUGGUCCACUAUCGCGACAGUGUUUCAAUACAGUAUGGACACAUAUCCGGACAUGACCGGCUGUAUACUAAGCCUCCGCGACAUAUUGAUACAUGUCGAGAAAAGUCUCAAUGACGGUAGUAUAGGUCUUUCUUCUUCUUUCGUUCUAUUGAUUCAGGCGAUACUUGAGAGGUCUAAAAUUUGGACAGAGACAUUGAAAGCGAUGCCACUGGAGUGUGUUAUGGCACUCGCUGGCUUUGACAGCUAUAUCCAACACCGAAUCCAGGAGCUUUCAAUUUCGGUCAAGCGAAACCAAUCGCAUCUUGAUGAAUUGUUGGCACACAGUGUACGACGAUUCUAUCAGGUGAUAGUCGAUGUGGAUUUUUUACUGCCAUUUGGUUUUUCCGAUAUUGAUAACGACAACCUCGAGACAAUAUCUCUGCUAUUGGAAGCUGGUGCUGAUGUCAACUUCAGCCUUCCCUGUUACACCCUUUCCGACACAAUUCACCACAGCUCGUUUGUGAUGUAUCUAUUCGCAAUGAGUUUCUACAGGCAGUACAAAGACCAGAAACACUCUAUUAGACUGCUGCAGACACUUUAUAAAUUUGUAGACUGUGGAGCAAACUUAGACAACAAUACUCUUGUCAAAUGUUUCCAGAACUUAAACCACCUGAAAUUUGGCCAAAUCUCGGGCUUUUACGGCAAACGUGAUCCAGGGGACGCAGAAGACAGACCGGGAACGCUAGCAUUGAUCAGUGUCCAAGAUUUGUUCCUACAUGAGCACACGAUGUGGGUGGAAACCCUCUCCAGCAACGAUCCUCAAUUGUACAAACAUAUCAGCAUCCGACCACUUGCAAGUAGGGCCCCAUUGCCCUUAGAGCCGCUACUAGGAUCCCAGGUUUCAGUCAAAGGUGUGAGAUUCUUUCGCUGCACGAGUCAGACUGCACACAUUUUCCAAAUACUGGAAGAGCUUCUCAAGGAUCCGCAGGCAAAAGACCAAUCGAAGAUUGACGAUUUAAAUUCGAAGAUCCAAUGUCUGACAGAUGACAAUUUCUUGACAGAUGACGAGAUUGUAAGUUAUCUAGUCGGCCGGGGGGUUUUACUGGAAGAGGUUAGAUUUGCCGCCGACGAUCAGAGGAUUUUACGCAGAGAUCACUAUCUGCCGCUUGGCAGUAUAAAAUUCGAUGCGGUCGAGAAGCUGGAUUGGUCAUUUGAACCCGAGUAUGAUGAGUUCGUCGCUGCAUUCAACGAAGAGUGCAAGCGAAGCGAGGAGGCGAAAUAG